UGCCAUUGACUCACAAAGACUUGUAAUGAUUCACUACACUAUAAAAUUCUACUUUGAACUCGAGUUCAUCAAUAUAAACAAAAUAAACAGCUGAAAUCCUAAAGCCAUAAUGAAAAUUCCAAGAGUAUUUUCUUUACUUCAGUUUUUCACUUUCUUAUAUCUCUUCACAUUUACUUUUGCUUCCACUGAGGAAGCAACUGCUCUCCUCAAAUGGAAAGCCACUUUCCAAAACCAGAAUAAUACCUUGUUGGCUUCAUGGAAACUAAGUUCUGAUGCAUGCAGGGGCUGGUAUGGAGUUAUAUGCGUCAACGGUAGGGUAAACAAGUUGAAUAUUACAAAUGUUGGUGUCAUUGGCACGCUCUAUGAUUUUCCAUUUUCGUCCCUCCCUUUUCUUGAAUAUGUUGAUAUUAGCAUGAACCAGCUCUCUGGCACUAUCCCACCUGAAAUAGGCAAACUCACUAAUCUUGUCUAUCUUGACUUGUCGACUAAUCAGAUUUCAGGCACAAUCCCGCCACAAAUUGGCGCACUUGUCAAUCUUGUUGAAGCUCGUCUUCAGAAAAACCAAUUAACAGAUCAUAUUCCUCUAGAAAUAGGUAACUUGAUCAAUGCAAAAAAUUUCUAUGCUUUCUCCAAUGAAUUGUCUGGUCCUAUUCCUGCUGAAAUAGGAAAAAUGAAGUCACUUGAGCAUUUAUUGUUAUAUAGAAACAAUCUUUCUGGUCCAAUCCCAAACAGUAUAGGUGAUUUAAUUGAGCUCAAACUUUUGUACCUUUAUGUUAACAAACUUUCUGGCUCCAUUCCUAGUGAGUUGGGAAAUCUGGAAAACCUCAUGGAUCUGGAAUUAUCGCGUAAUCAACUUGCUGGUCCAAUUCCUGCUUCAUUUGGCAAUUUGAGAAACUUGCAAUUUCUGUUUCUUCAUGUUAAUAGACUUUCUGGCUCCAUUCCUGCAGAAAUAGGAAAGAUGAAGUCACUUCAGCAUUUAAUCUUACAGGCUAACAAUCUUUCUGGUCAAAUUCCAAAAACUCUAGGUGACUUAACUGAGCUCAAAACUCUGUACCUUUAUGUUAACAAACUUUCUGGCUCCAUUCCUGCCGAAAUAGGGAAACUUGUCAAUCUUAUUGAAGCUGAUCUUGAUACAAACCAGUUAACAGGUCAUAUUCCUCUAGAAAUAAGUAACAUGAUCAAUGCAAAACUGUUCUAUGCUUACUCAAAUGAAUUGUCUGGUCUCAUUCCCAGUGAGUUGGGGAAUCUGAAAAAUCUCACUCGUCUGGAUAUAUCCAGUAAUCAACUUACUGGUUCAAUUCCUGCUUCAUUUGGCAAUUUGAGAAACUUGCAAGUUCUGUCUCUCCAUCACAACAAACUUUCCGGUUCUAUUCCUAAAGAACUUGAAUAUUUGGAUAACUUGGUUGUGCUGGCAUUGGGUGUAAAUCAGUUUUCAGGCCAACUGCCAGAGCAUCUUUGCCAAGGUGGGAAGCUUGUGAGCUUCUCGGUAACUAGUAACAAGCUGAAAGGUCCAAUACCACGAAGCUUGAGCAAGUGCUCGAGUUUCCAAUGGGUUCGUUUUUCUAACAGUUUCACUGGGAAUUUAUCUGAAGCUUUUGGCAUCUAUCCAGAGCUUCAGUUCAUCGAUUUGAGUGACAAUGAUUUUCAUGGUGAACUCAGCAGCAACUGAGGGAAAUGCAAGAAUCUG